UUAUAGUUAUAUCUUCUCUCAUUGCCCUAACCGCUUUCCGCUAUUCGUUAACCCUAAACCAGCAAUCGAAGCCUAGAAGAGAGAGAGAGAGGAGAGAAUAGAGAUUCGACAUAGAUGAAAAUCCAAAACAACCCAUGAGAUCGAGUUUCUAUACAAAACCCGGCAUGUCUUCCCGUUUCGCCCCUCAAAAUCUUCUCCAUUUGCGAUUCUGCUACCCCCAAUCCCACCGUAUCCUCGUCGGCGCAAACCACACUUCCGCCCGAUUCUGUUCCCGCUAAACCCCCUUUCCUUCUCCCCCUCUCUCUAGAAUUUGCAUUUUCUGAUUGAAUUUCUGCACAUACACAAAUACACACACAUAUACAUACAGUUAUACAAGGAUAACAAUGGAGCCGGGUACGGGCAAGCCAAGCUUCCUGAGAAACAUCACGGUUCGAGUUUUCUUCUUUUGCGUCCUCAUAAUAUGCCUUCGAUUCGCUUAUGUUGUCACUAUAAGAGGCGAAUCAUGCGAUCUCGGUGAUUUCUGUUUCUUCUCUUUGUCGGAAAAUCUCAACCUCGUCGCCGUCACCGGCGUCGAACAGAUUGCCACUUCUUCGGCAAUUAUCGGAAACAACAUCCGAUUAGCUUCCGGCGAAGUCGUCCGGGGUGAUUUGUGGGCCACCAGGGACCGCCGAAAAGCGAUCCAGUUCUAUUCAUCCGUGUUUCAGGAUCUGAUCGCCGACGGCUAUCUUUCGCCGGAGUCGAAGUCACUCUGCGUCGAAACACCGGUCGGAGAAGACGUGGUCGCUUUGAUGGAGAUCGGCGUUUCGGACUCGAUCGGAAUUUUCAAGAAGGCGUCAAAGCCGCUGGUGAUUUCAGGUCAGGCAAUUCGUCAGCCGUUCGACGAAAAUACCUUUGAUUUCAUCUUCUCCGGUGCCGGCGGUCUAGAUAAAUCGGCAAAACCAGGUGAAUUCGCGGCAGAGAUAGCGAGGACGCUUAAGCCCGAAGGGUUUUUGGUCGUCCACACGGCAUCGAAAGAUACGUAUAGCUUCAAUUCUUUUAUUGAUUUGUUUAAUUGCUGUAAAUUUAUACGGUCUCGUGACAUUGACGGAUUCAAUUCAUCAAUGCCAUACAUUCGUGAAAUAGUUAUGAAGAAAGAAACUGAUAUUUCUGGUCAUGGGUUGAUCAAACUAUAUGGCAAUUCUGUGAACAAGUGCUCUGUUCCUGGGUACAAACAAGAAUUGGUCCGGAAAGCUGAACCAUUGAUUAGAGAAGAACCCUUGAAACCAUGGAUUACACUGAAGAAGAAUAUAAAGAAUGUAAAGUAUCUUCCAUCAAUGGCUGAUAUUAAUUUUAAGCCAAGGUAUGUCUAUGUUGAUGUUGGAGCUCGUAGCUAUGGCUCGAGUAUUGGGAGUUGGUUCAAAAAGCAAUACCCAAAGCAAAAUAAAACCUUUGAGAUUUAUGCAAUUGAGGCUGAUAACACUUUUCACGAAGAGUAUCAGCACAAGAAAGGGGUCAAUUUGUUGCCAUAUGCUGCUUGGGUGAAGAAUGAGACAUUGUUCUUUGAGAUUAAUCGAGACCCCGGUCAGGGGAAGGAAGCAAAAGGUAGAGGAAUGGGUCGGAUUCAACCGGCAGAGUCAUCAUCAGCUAGUUCUUCCAAUGCCGAUGUGGAUGAGAUCCAGGGGUUUGAUUUUGCGAAUUGGUUGAAGAACACCGUAUCAGAAAAGGACUUUGUGGUGAUGAAGAUGGAUGUAGAAGGGACUGAAUUUGAUUUGAUACCCAAGUUGUUUGAGACCGGAGCAAUUUGUUUGAUUGAUGAGAUCUUUCUUGAGUGCCAUUAUAACAGGUGGCAGAGAUGCUGCCCAGGUGAGAGGUCAUCCAAAUAUCAGAAGACAUAUGGUCAAUGCUUGGAUCUGUUUACUUCUCUCAGAGAAAGUGGAGUUCUUGUUCAUCAAUGGUGGUGACCGGUACCAAUCUAUAUUGAUCCUUAUUUUACAGUGAAUAAAUUGUAGCCUUUCAAUUCCUUUACUUGUAAACCAAGCUCUAUUUUUAUUAGAUGUUUCCCCUUUACCUUGGUUUUUAA